AUGUCUAAAAAGUCAGAAGACGAGGAAGACUUGCAGCAUUUCAAGUUGCUUUACGAAGUCCUGUCCACAGAACUAGGCGACUUCUUCGAUGAGGUGAACGGCCUCCUAUCUAAUAGCUUGAUCACAUAUCCCCUUCUCUGGACAAUCUUUCCCCGUGGUGAGAUCUGUCUCUCCGCAGACGAGUUGGGACAGGCUGUAAGAGCUCGGAAGGGUGCAUAUUCGAAAGAGAGUUACAGGCUCAGAUGCGACUUCAUCGACACGGAUGGCAAGACUUUUGGACUUGCAGGCACAUGCUUGGAGAUACCUUGCUUCAAGGACACAGCGUCAAUCGCAAGGUUACCCGUCAGCCCCCUUAAGUACAACCCAGAGGCAGAGGGGAUCAAGGAAGUUCUGGUUCGUCGGGGACGGCGCUUUGCAGAGCUCUCUGGCUUCCAUCACAAGAAGUGUAACGGUCAAGAGUGGUACAUUGGGCGCAAAGAAGCUUGGCAGCCGAGAAAGUCAACUGGGCGUAUUAUUAUUGACCCCGAGACAUUUGACGAUAACAACCCUGCUAAGGCCGUGUUCCUGAGGCCCUUGAGCUCAGACCAAGACGAUGUGACUUCAUUCGAAAGAUCCUUCAAAUUAUUCACUGUGGAUGAUGUCCGCGAAAUUGGGUGGAACGACACCUGCACAUCGAACCUCAUCCUCCCCAAUGGGUACAAAGAUCUCUUGCUAUCUCUAGUUGAGGAGCAGAUGCUUGCUGAAGAUGGCUUUGAUGAUUUCAUUGAGCAGAAGGGCCAGGGCUUGGUUCUCCUCCUCAGUGGCGACACAGGUGUUGGCAAGACUCUAACAGCUGAAGUCGUCAGCGCUUGUCAACUGGGAUUCGAUGCCGAAGAGCUUGAGGCAAGGCUGAAGCUAGUGUUAGACAUCGCAUCUAAGUGGGAUGCCGUACUGUUACUCGACGAGGGCGAUGUUUUUCUUGAGAAGCGGACGACAUCUGAUCUCCACCGCAAUAGAUUGGUCUCCAGCACUCUGAUCAUCACAACAAAUCGCGCCGCGGUUAUUGACGAGGCAAUCAAGUCGCGCAUUCACAUUAACAUCCGACUUCCUGGGCUGAUCAGCGAGGCCCGAAAGAGCCUAUGGGAGAAUCUGCUAAAGGAGAACAGCAUCAAGCACGGUCUUGUCGAGGCUAACUUUCAGUCAUUGGCAGAGGUUGAUAUCAAUGGAAGAGAAAUUAAAAAUGCCCUCAAGUCAGGCAUACUCAUGGCACGGAAAGUAAAGGAGCCUGUAUUGAUGACUCAGCUACGGGUUGUUCUAGACAUUCUCACAGCAUCGAAGACCAUUUAG